GUAACUUUCGUUACGAGGGAGGCGUGUUUAUUCAUACACGCAACUAUCUGGAUAUAAUGUAAAUGGAAGAAGAUAAUUUACCAUCAUCGUCGUUAAUUUUGCCGGCUCCCAAGAGGAAGAUAAACAAGAAAAUAUGGCCUUACUUCAUUAUUGUGAUUUACGUCUUGAUCAUUAUACUGUCUAUCGCCCUGUUGUUACAUAUGUAUACUAUUCAGGAAACAAAAUUUCAAAAAAGUUGCCCACUAUUUGGCCAUCCCGAUGUGGAAAAGCUGAAAAAUGAUUCCUUCAGUUUUAAUACAGAUGAAAACGAAUUCCAAUGGGGAUCGGACAGUUAUUGCAAAUUUUCCUUUUUUACGGCCACAUUUUCCACCUUAGUGGCUUUUAUAUGGUGCUGGUUUUUCUUUUAUUCUCAAUGCGAUCACGCUUUAGGAGAGGAAAACUUUGGCAGGGAUAAUGAGCAGCGAUGCCUAUUGUUGCCGGCCAACAUAUCUGCCCUCGUCAUGUCUUUUUUAUGUCUGGCACAAAGUGCCAUUAUUGUAAGGGGAAUCACGCAGUUUUGCGACCAUCUAUCCGAGACUCCUGCUAAAAGUUGUCAAAGUGCCAGUGACUUAAGCUGGGAAUAUUUCAACGACUUGAAAGGAUUUUAUACAAUUUUUCAAUUUUUAUUGAAAUCUUCAUCACUCCAAGACGUUAUAACGAGUACGAUUACGGAACGUUACAAUCGAUAAACUAUGCCAGAAUGAUUUAUAUUAGUGCUUAUUCUGUAUUCUGUAUAAAAACUGUGACUUGGUGAAUAAAUAAACCCAUAAACAAGCUUAAUUAUAUAUACGUAUAAGUACAUAUGUUAUUGCUAUAAUUAGAAUAUAAUUACUUCGUUUGUAAUCGCGUUGCCGUGCGUAUUAGGCUAUAUAUGCAUAAAGAUUAACAUAAAUUAAAUUUUUGACAAUAUACAGAACAAUGACCUCAAAUGAUCGGUAUUUCAGGAUACUUUAAUAUAUAUACAUCUUUUUAUUUUUCAAUUGUUUAAAAGUGGAUCACUUAAUAGUGGAGAGAAUAAAAUUAUAUAUAAAAUGGUGAUUUUAUUUGGCUUUUAAAAAUAAAAUUUUAUGUGUUACAAACAUAAUAUCAGAAUAUGAUUAAAACUGCUGUUUAAACAUAAAAGUUUAAUAAAUAUGGAAUGCGGAAUUCAUUUGACAGGACACAAAACACCUGAAAAUGUUUGGGUAUCAACUUACAAACGGCUGUUUAUUUCCAGUCACGAUUCUGAAAUAUUUAAUCGUUUUAUUGACUAUUACGUUAAAAUUCUCAAAUUUCAAAAUGCUUUUUUUAUUUCAAAAAAGAUAAUUUAAAGUUUUAUUUAAAAAAGCAGGUAAUAAAGACACAUAAUUUGCUCAUAUAUGCGUCUUUUUUGAGACACGUACGUAAAGCUACUUAAAAGAAUUUAAGAAGGAUUUUUAUCUGUUUGAGUUAAUAGUAUAAACGUAGAGAUCAUAUUGAUUUUUCUAACACGCAAGCCUUAAUAAAAAUGUUAUGUUGAAAGGAAUUUUAUUGAAAAAUACUUUUGCAUCGCCACUUUUAAGAACCGAAAGAUGAAAUCGGCAUUUUUCAAAAUUUAGAAACAAAACGAUGAGGUUUUAUAUAUAAUAUGGAGAAGUUUGAGGUAAAAUAAGUAACUUACUUUCUAAAAGUCAGUCAGAUAUAUUUUAAAAUUAUUCUAUAAUAAUGCCUCUUUUGUGUCUUAUUCUCAUACAGAGCAGUGUUAAUUAGUAAUUUUCAUUCCUUCGUCAGUAUUAUUAAUAUUAAAAAGUAUUCAGUAUCAUUAAUCAUUAUCACUUUCUUCCGAAUAUUCGUGAAAAAAAUUGUUUUUAAUUUAUGUUGAAUUAACUAAUAGAUUCUCGUUUACUUGAUAAUAGCAAUGAUAGGAGUUUUUUAAAUUAUCAUUGGAGUUAUUCGUAUAUUUUAUUAUGUUAUAAUAAUAUAAAAAGAUAGCCGUUUAAACUUGCCUUGGGAGUACAGUAUUUUGUAUGAUUAGAUCGGGGUUCUCAACCUUUUUCAUGUAAA